CAAAGUUCUGCCUCUUUUCCCAACUGGUUCUGAAUAAUUCUUUAAACAUCAUUUUCUCUUUAACAUUCCGUCCUUCCGAGGGGAAGUCCUCAAACAAACACCAUGUGUCUGUUCAAGAAGUGCCUUUCCUGUUUCAGGAAACCUGGUACCUCAGGUUCUCAGAGGUUGUCACCUUCCACAGAACCGACGAUUCACUUCCAAGGGCAACCUCGUCUCCCCAAAUUCGCUGUCCCGAAAAGCUACCAUAUUCACCUGACUCCGGACCUCUCAGCCUGCAAAUUCGGAGGUUCUGUCUCUAUCCACCUUGACAUCGUUGCUGAUACUCGUUUCAUCGUCCUCAAUGCUGCUCAACUCUCCAUCAACCACGGGUCCGUCUCCUUCUCCCCUCAAAACUAUUCCAAGGUAUUUGAGGCUUUUAAAGUAGGCCUGGUGGAAGCGGACGAGAUUCUAGUGUUGGAGUUUGCUGAGACACUUCCGAAGGGAAUGGGAGUUUUGGCUAUCGAGUUUGAGGGAAUUUUAAAUGACAAAAUGAAGGGAUUCUACAGAAGUACGUUUGAGCAUAAUGGCGAGAAGAAGAAUAUGGCAGUUACGCAUUUCGAGCCAGCUUAUGCUAGAGGGUGCUUUCCGUGCUGGGAUGAACCUGCUUUCAAGGCUACGUUUAAGAUCACUUUAUUGGAUGUGCCAUCUGAACUUGUGGCCCUCUCAAACAUGCCAGUCAUUGAGGAGAAAGUGAAUGGCAAUCUGAAAACAGUCUUCUAUCAAGAAUCACCAAUCAUGUCUACGUAUCUGGUGGCAGUUGUCAUUGGUUUGUUUGAUUACGUAGAGGAUCAUACAUCGGAUGGGAUCAAAGUUCGAGUAUAUUGUCAAGUUGGCAAGGCAAAUGAAGGGAAAUUUGCUCUGGACGUUGCUGUGAAGGCGCUUGGGUUUUACAAAGAUUAUUUUCAUAUGCCAUACUCUCUUCCCAAAUUGGAUAUGGUUGCAAUCCCUGAUUUUGCUGCUGGGGCAAUGGAGAACUAUGGCUUAGUUACAUAUCGUGAAGCGGCUUUGCUCUACGAUUAUCAGCAUUCUGCAGCUGCCAACAAGCAGCGGGUUGCAACAGUGGUGGCCCAUGAAUUGGCACACCAGUGGUUUGGAAAUCUUGUAACAAUGGAAUGGUGGACCGACCUUUGGCUGAAUGAGGGUUUUGCAACCUGGGCGAGCUACUUGGCACAAGAUGAGCUGUUCCGCGAAUGGAAAAUAUGGACACAGUUCUUUGAUCGUGAAUCUAGUCAAGGUCUUGGGCUGGAUGGGCUUGCAGAAUCCCACCCAAUUGAGGUGGAGAUAAAUCAUGCCUCUGAAAUUGAUGAAAUAUUCGACAUGAUAAGCUACGAAAAGGGUGCAUCAAUUAUCCGGAUGCUGCAACACUAUUUAGGGGGGCAACACUUUCAGAAUUCACUUGCUUCAUAUAUAAAAAGGCAUGCAUGGUCGAAUGCCAGGACAGAAGACCUUUGGGCCGCUCUUAUGGAAGGAUGUGAUGAACCUGUGAACAAAAUAAUGAAUUCAUGGACGAAGCAGAAGGGGUAUCCAGUUGUCUCUGUCAAAAUGAAAAAUCAGACAUUGCAAAUUGAGCAGUCACAAUUCUUAUAUAGCGGUUCCGGAGGGAAUGGGCAGUGGAUUAUCCCAAUGACAUUUUGCUGCGGUGACUAUGACAGUCGGAAAAGCUUCCUGCUGGAAAAAAAAUCUCAAACUCAUGAUAUAAAGAGUUUCUUUUCAGACAGUGAUAAAAGUAAUGAUCCAGCACGUUCUUGGAUAAAGCUUAAUGUGGACCAGAUUGGUUUCUUCAGGGUGAAGUAUGACCAGGGCCUUGCAGCUAAACUUCGAUACGCAAUAGAAAACAACUACUUAUCGGCAACAGACAGACUUGGCAUUCUGGAUGAUUCGUUUGCGCUUUGUAUGGCACGUCAAAUGUCUUUGACCUCCUUGCUUACCUUCAUGGGUGCCUACCGAGCGGAACUUGAGCAUACUGUGCUGUCUAACUUGAUUAACAUAACUGGAAAAGUUGGAAGGAUUGUUGCAGAUGCAAAACCUGAACUAAUGACUGACAUUAAACAAUUUUUUAUUGGCCUUUUCCUGUAUUCUGCUGAGAAGCUGGGAUGGGACCCUAAACAAGGUGAGAGUCAUCUGGAUGCUAUGUCGAGAGCAGAUGCUUUCACUGCCCUUGCCAUGCUUGGGCAUGAGGAGACACUGGAUGAAGCAACCCGGCGAUUUCAUGCCUUCUUGGAUAAUAGAAACACACCACUCCUCCAUCCUGGCAUAAGAAAGGCAGCUUAUGUAGCUGUAAUGCAGAAGGUCAGCUCCUCUGACACAACAGGUUUUGAAAAUCUUUUGAGAGUUUAUAGAGAUUCUGAUCUAAGCCAGGAGAAAACUUGCGUUUUAGGUUCAUUGGCAUCUUGUCCCGAUCAGGGUAUAAUUCUUGAAGCUCUAAACUUUGCCUUGUCUUCUGAGGUUCGUAGCCAAGAUGCUGUUUUUGGACUUACUGUUCAUUACGAAGGACGUGAAGUUGCCUGGAAAUGGCUCAAGGAUAACUGGGAUAGCAUCUGGACAACAUAUGGUUCUGGAUUUCUAAUAACUCAUUUUGUCAGUUCAAUUGUCUCGCCGUUUGCUUCGUCUGAGAAAGUGAAGGAAGUAAAGGAGUUCUUUGCAAGUCGCACGAAGCCUUCAAUUACUAGAACCUUGAAGCAGAGCAUUGAGCAGGUCCAGAUCAAUGCCAACUGGGUGCAUAGCAUUCGCAAGGAGAAAGGCCUGGCUGAAGUUGUGAAGAAGUUGGCAAUCAGCGAAUCCUAGGACAAUCUUUCUUUUGUUUAUUUUAUAAUUUCACUGUUACAAUUCUUUUCCUUUGCUUUCAUAUGAAUAAAAUAAUGGAUUCAAGUAGGUCACAGGUACACCUUACUAGUAAUCGGUUAAAACAUCAAAGCAAUGUUUAUUUCCAAGACUUAAAAAAUGGAAUGAAAAGCAUCAAUAGUUAAGUUCAAAGGUGGAGCAGCAUAGACGCCUAUCCACACGUAUGCUGCACUAUGAGAAA